UUCUGUUUGUCAAGUAGGGGGUCAGCCCAGUUUGUCCCUGCACUUGUAUCUGCGUUCACAGACCGAGGAGCUGCUGCUACAAUGAAGCUCCACCUGGUUCUACCCUUCAUCUGCACGCUCCUCUCUGUGCAGCAGUCUCUUCUUCUGCAGGUCUGUCCUGCUCUAUGCCGGUGCGACUGGAACACCAACAGUGUGACCUGUGCUGGAGUGGACGUCCUGCCACAGUUCUGUUCCUGCACUCAGGAGGUGUGGAUGGUGGCCUCAAAGCUGCUCUUCAUUCCUCAGGACGCCUUCGCCAGUCUGCCCAACGUUUCCCGCAUACACAUAUCUGAUGACACCACUCUGACAUCUCUGCGGAGACAUUCCUUCUUCAACCUGUCCAGGAUCCUGCACAUACAGCUGACCAGCAUCAAAGCUCUGUCUCACAUCCACCAAGAGGCGUUUAAGGACCUUCCAAACCUAAAAUACCUCGGGAUCAGCAACACGGGUCUCAGAUGGUUUCCAGGUCUGCAGCAGAUCCGAUCGGGUCAAGAGGAUUUCUUGCUGGAAAUCGUGGAGAACGCCUUCAUUCAAGUCAUUCCUGCUAACUCCUUCAGUGGCAUCAGUGAGCGCGCUCUGACUGCCAUCCUCAGCGGUAACGGCAUGAAGAAGAUUGAGAGUUUGGCCUUCAAUGGGAGCAGACUGGAGGAAGUAGACCUGAGCAGGAACCGGGAUUUGGACCAUCUGGAUGAAUUUGCAUUUUCUGGUGUGAUUGGAGGUCCGACUCACCUAGACGUCUCAGAGACCAGAGUCACCUCCCUGCCCCCCCUCGGCAUGAACGCACUCGAGAAGCUCCGAGCUGAAAGCGUCUGGGCUUUGGAGGUGAUGCCCCCCUUCAGCGCCUUUCCUCAUCUGCAGAGAGCUGAGCUGACCUUCCCAAGCCACUGCUGCGGCCUGCAGAAGCUCCAGAGGUGGAGCGGGCGCUCUCAGGAGGUGGUCUGCAGCCUGAUCAGGGCGGCUUUAGGGAGGCAGCAGGACUCCUCUGCAGGCCCCUCACAGAGGUCUCUCAGGGAUGCUUCUGGUCUGACAGCUGCUGGCGGUACAGAGCUUGGUCCACACAACAACAGUCGGAUCUGCCCGAGCAGAGGAGCCUUUUCAUCUGCAGAGCGUCUCAUUGAGGACUUUAACCUCUCCGUGUGCACGGACACAGACAGCAGACCGUCGUGCACACCAACGCCGGAUGCCCUGAACCCCUGUGAGGACGUGAUGAGCCGAGCCUUCCUCAGAGUUCUGGUCUGGGUGGUCAGUCUUGUGGCCAUUUCCGCCAACUUGUUGGUGCUGCUGAUCCUGCUGAGCUGCCAGCAGAAGCUGUCUGUCACCCGGUUCCUCAUGGGUCACCUGGCCUUCGCUGACGGCUGCAUGGGGACGUACCUGCUGCUCAUCGCAUCCGUGGACUUCUACACCCGCUCCCGUUAUCAUCGCUACGCUGUUGCCUGGCAGACAGGAAGUGGCUGCAGCCUGGCUGGGGUGUUGUCUGUGUUUGCCAGCGAGUUAUCCGUGUACACGCUGACGACAAUCAGCGUACAACGCUGGCACGCCAUCUUUAACGCCAUGAGGCCUCACAGGAAGAUGAGGCUCUGGCACGCUGCAGCGCUGAUGCUCAUUGGCUGGCUGCUCUGCAUCACGGCCGCCGUGCUGCCAUUGGUCGGUGUGAACACCUACCAGAGAGUGAGCAUCUGCCUCCCCAUGGACACGGAAAGCACGGCUGCACGCGCGUACCUGGUCUCCGUCCUGACUGCCAACCUGGUUGCCUUCAUGGUGGUGUGCUUGUGUUACCUUCACAUCUACUGCAUGGUGCACAACUCGCAGCACGCCUCCAGCAGGUCAGACAACAGCAUGGCCAAACGCAUGGCUGCUCUGAUCUUCACCAACUUCCUGUGUCUGGCUCCCGUCUGCUUCUACGGCUUAUCCGCCACCUUUAACCGUCCGCUGAUGACCUUCACAGACUCUAAGGUUUGUCAGACUCUAUACCUUCAACCAAAUCUGUCAGCUUUUAAGGCUAAGACCGCCUCCUGUUUGCCCCCUCAGGUGCUCUUAGUGCUUUUCUACCCCCUCAACUCCUGCGUGCACCCGUUUUUUUAUGCCAUCCUCACCAAGGCGUUCCACAGGGACACCCUGAUGCUGCUGAGUCGCAUGGGGCUGUGUCAGCGGCAGGCACACCUUUAUCGGAGCCGGCUCUUCACCGUCAGCCCCCACAUUUACAGAGGGUCACCUCCACAGUAGAACAGCAUCUUCUCCUCACGUCCCGCUGUUGGCGCUGCAGUCUGGCCCAGCCACAACCGUUCCAGCUGUUGGCGCUGCAGUCUGGCCCAGCCACGACCCGUUCCAGCUGAAGGCUGAAGGCCUUCAAAGGCAGAAGCUCUCUACCGUUUUGACUCCUCAAGCAGACGUCCUCAGUACAAAAAGAACAUCUCUACCGCUGAGUCGCUCUUGAAGGCGCUUAGACCUUCUCAUGAAGGCAAAAAAGAGCCAACUGUCCGACCGCAACAUCAAACCUUCCCUGUGGUGGACCACAUAUGGCUGGACAUCCAGUUUUACUCUGAGGAAACACGCAAUGAAAGCGUGUGUGUAGAACUGACUCCUCUUGUCAAUGUGCUGAGGUUUCAUCACUUCACUUGGAAUACUUUGUGUUAUUAAUUCUGUUAAGGAUGAAUGAGCUCCUCUGACUGCUGCUGAUCUUUUCAGUUCAUCACACUAAACAAAAAUACAAGAGGUCCCAACGCGGUCAUUGUCACCGCCAACUAGAAGAGAGGCCAACUUUAAACUAUGCUGACAAACAUCUAAUAAGGUCAACGUCCUCUUCUUCAGCACGGCGUGCCAGGUAUCUGCAGCACAGAAGCUCUCAGGCGGCUGAGCUUCUCCUCAUCGUCAGCCUUUAAAGAGAAAAUGAGAUUCGACUGCAGAUGUGGUUUGAUGAUGCAGGUUAGGAUUUCCCUGUGAUUAUAGUCACAGCCUCUGUUUAGUAUGACAUAGAACAAAAGGUGCAAAAACAAACUCCUAAAGUUGAACUGGAUACAAGACACAACAAUUUCAGACUUCUAGUUUGCAUUUUUAAACGUCUUUACACCUGAAAACCCUCUUUGAUGUGUCAUUAAAAGACUUCUGGACGUGUU